AUGACGGCAGAGAUCAAGAUUGCAAAUAUAGGAGAUAGCAUGCUGAGUGGGAAAACAUUAAGAGACCAUCAAUAUGACAUCAAAGCAGUGGGAGAUAUUGCAAGUGAACUCAGCGAUCCUUCGGCAAGGCCAGGAGGUUAUGGCUCACUUCAUAGAGUGCCCGAGAAGGCCACGCACAUGACGCGUCAAUUUAUUGAGAUGACUACCAAGGCAACAAUCCAAGAGCUGUUGAAGGUAAGGAUUGAUCUGCGACAAAUUUGGGACAAGAAUGCUAAUUUAAUAUUCAUUCACAAAAUAAAAGCACGAUUUUAUGAUGGCAGCCACGCCUUCUGGCUCUUGGAGCCUAACACCUCAUAUUCUGAAAGCUCUUCCGUUUGGUGCCAAAUUUUGGGAUUACGUUGGUGA